CAACGAAUGCUUAUUGAUGGUCGUUGAAAGUAUGGUUAAAAUCGAGCCAACCAUGAUGAACGGUCAGACGAUGUUUGGCGUGGCACGGGCACCGCUCAAGUCCAGCUUCUCCAUUAACUCGAUCCUGCCCGAAACGAUGAAGUCUUCACCGUCUCCAACGCCCUCCCCAACGCACCAGUCCUGCCCGUCGCCGAUCGGUUCCGAGGAGCAAGAUCACGAUCUCACCGACACAGAGAGCGAUCUGGACGUAACCGGCACCCCACCACCGAUGGACUGUAGCAGCAAAGACAAAUCGGACGAGACGGAGGGUGAGGGUGCGAGCGGCAGUGGCAGUCCUUCCUCCAGCCCUGCCAAGGAUGGGGAGAAGAAGGGCAACGAAAAGCCCCCGUACAGCUACAACGCACUGAUCAUGAUGGCUAUUCGGCAGAGCGCGGAGAAGCGACUUACACUGAACGGCAUCUACGAGUACAUCAUGCGCAACUUCCCGUACUACCGUGACAACAAGCAGGGCUGGCAAAACUCGAUCCGUCACAAUCUCAGCCUGAACAAGUGUUUCGUGAAGGUUCCGCGGCAUUACGACGACCCCGGCAAGGGUAACUACUGGAUGUUGGACCCGUCGGCGGAGGAUGUGUUUAUCGGAGGUUCGACUGGAAAGUUGCGCCGCCGCUCGACAGCCGCCUCCCGGAGCCGUUUGGCAGCGUUCAAGCGAUCGCUCGUUGGUCCAAUGUUCCCCGCCCUCGGCUAUCCCCAGUUCGGUCAGUUCCUCUAUCCAUCCCAUGCGGCUCAAGCACAGACGGCACUGCUAGCUGCCCAGAUGUAUCGGUACUCGCCGUACGCACCGAGUAUGGCACCGAAACCACCAACGCUUCCACUUCCACUACCGCUCGGUGCCGUCGGGUCCGGGUUCGGUAUGGAUCGGCUGCUCGGUGCUGGAGCAGCAGCUGCUGCAGCCGCCGCCCAAAUGCACCCUCAGUCCCCGAUGGCCAACAGUCCCCAAGCGCAGCAGGCCGAGAUCUACCAAAGACUUCAGUACCAUCAGCAUCUCCUCCAGCAGCAUGCCGCCGCUCAGCAGGCUGCUGCAGCGGCCCAAGCCCAUCAUCAGGCAGCCGCCGCAGCACAUCAUCAGCUGCAGCAGCAACACCAGCAACACCAGCAACACCAACAGCAACUAAGUCCCACCGCCAGCGAAGGGACGCAUCCCGGCUCGCCGCACCAUCCACACCAGCACCCGCAGCACUCACCACUCGGUUCGUUACCACCCCAAGGUUCGCCCACCGGACAUGGGUCACCGACGGGUCCGAUGAUCUUCAAACCGAUCACGCUCGUGUCGCGCCAAAGCUAGGACACGGACGGUGGGGUUAGUGCAAGUGCAACACAAACUCAAAGGUGGCAAACGCCCGACCAGUGAUAGUAGCAAUUCGUUAAUAUUCGGUUAAGCUAAACCUGCUGUGACUUUAGAAUGC